AUGAUUUGGGCCAACGACAUUGGUUGCUUGACAAAUCUAUUCAAGCCUGCAUCAGAUUCGCUCGUGAAGCUCGUUCUUUCCAGCAACCCAAUCGGUGCAGAUGGGCUCAAAACUCUCUCACAGUCUCUGUCUAACCUACGAAAUCUAGAGGACCUAGAUAUUUCCAGUACAUACGCGGGCGAACGUGGGACUACAUACGUCUUAGAGCCCUUAGCGUUUCUCGAAAAUUUAAAGACACUUAAGCUAAAGGACAACACAAUCCCAGGAGAGACGUCAGUGAUGCUGGAUAUAUCUCCCCUGGAUAGAAUUGUUAGUCCUGGUGUGGCCUGCGGCGUGAAUUGGGUUUCUUGCGGUUUGGCGUUUGUGAUUGAGACGGGUUUAUGGCGGUCAAUCUCUACCUUAGAUCUCGGACAAAAUCCCAUGUGUGCCCAGGGGAUGCACAUUUUCUCAAAGGGACUGAUAGCUUGCAAUAUAGUUACCUUGACAGACCUUUCUUUGAGUAACAACAAGAUAAACGCGGAUGGAGCUACCCACCUCGCUGAGGCCUUGAGUCGUGUUGGACAUGGAAUGUUGCGACUUUCGCUGGCCAAGAAUAUGAUCUCAAGCGAAGGAAUGAUAGCAUUGGCGAAACCUCUCCAUAAUAUGAGCAAACUAGAACAUUUGCUUCUGACAGAAAACGGGAUAACGGAGACAGGUGGAAUGGCACUCGGAAAUUCUUUAAUCCACCUUUUCAACCUUACUUCUUUUUCUAUUGGACGAAAUCCCAUCAAGAACGAAGGAACAACUUCCAUUAUCAUUGGCUUGCAAAAUUCAUUUGAUUCACUUGAAGCAUUGGAUGUGAGCAUUUGUCACUUCGAUGGUCCAAAUCUUUCAGUUCCGAUCUCAGCUGGUUUGGCGAGAAUGAAAAGUCUGAAGGAGUUGAAUAUGGAAGGUGAUGCAUUAAAUUUACAGGGACUGUCGCAUAUAACUUCUGCAUUAACAAUCACGAAAUUCAAUCUUGUUACCCUCAACUUGGGAGGAGUACAAAUGUAUGCUGAUGGAGCAAAGUUGCUCUCCGGGGUUCUAAUUCAAUUUCGGUAUCUGAAAGACCUUGGGAUUGGAUACAAUAAGCUAGGAGAUCAUGGUCUCAAGAUGAUCCUUCCGGCUCUUCACGAAUGUGCGUCUAUAAGCUACCUUGGACUACAACACAACAAUCUCGGUCCAACGAGUAUCUUCCUCCUUGCGGAUUUCAUACUGAAGAGUGCAAACCUGGUGCAGGUUUUGCUCUAUGGCAAUAAUAUUCACUAUGGUCCUAACGGUUUGACUCCUUUAGCCUCAUGUCGGCACAAAGUGACUUGGGACACCGAUGUGUAA